GCUAUAUGCUGGGACCCAGUACAGGAGAUGGGCGCUGUGAUGGGGACUCGAAAAGGCCUCUGCCGCAGACAUGGAGAAACUCAGCGCCCUGCAGGAGCAGAAGGGCGAGCUGCGCAAGCGGCUGUCCUACACCACCCACAGGCUGGAGAAGCUGGAGAACGAGUUUGACUCCACGCGCCACUACCUGGAGAUUGAGCUGAGACGUGCACAGGAGGAGCUGGACAAGGUCACGGAGAAACUGCGCAAGAUUCAGAGCAACUACAUGGCGCUCCAGAGGAUCAACCAAGAGCUGGAGGACAAGCUGUACCGGAUGGGCCAGCACUAUGAAGAAGAGAAGCGUGCCAUGAGUCAUGAGAUUGUUGCCCUCAACAGCCACCUGCUGGAUGCUAAAGUGACCAUUGACAAGCUGUCAGAGGACAACGAGCUCUAUAGGAAGGAUUGCAAUCUAGCAGCCCAGCUGCUGCAGUGCAGCCAGACCUACGGCAGGGGCCAUAAGGUGUCCGAGCUACCCUCGGACUUCCAGCAGCGUGUGAGCCUGCAUAUGGAGAAGCGUGGCUGCAGCCUGCCGUCCCCACUGUGCCACUCGGCCUACGCCGACAGCGUGCCCAACUGCGUCAUCGCCAAGGUGCUGGAGAAGCCGGAGCCUGGCAGCCUGUCGUCGUCUCGCAUGUCGGAUGCUACGGCCCGCGACCUGGGCUACCGCGACAGCGUGGAGAAGUCGGGCGCGCGGGCCUCGUACAAGGAAGACCUCUACUGCAGCGAAGCGGCUCUCUACUGCCCCGAUGAGCGUGAGCACGACCGCCGCCGCCGCCCCAGCGUGGAGACGCCCGUGGCCGACGUGGGCUUCCUGCGGGGGCAGAAUUCCACCGACAGCGCGGCGGAGGAGGAGGAAGAGCCCGAGGCGGCGGCCUACCCUGAGGCCUACCGUCGCCGCGAGGCCUACCAAGGCUACGCGGCCUCGCUGCCCACAUCCAGCUCCUACUCGAGCUUCAGCGCCACGUCCGAGGAGAAGGAGCACGCGCAGGCGAGCACGCUGACCGCCUCGCAGCAGGCCAUCUACCUGAAUAGCCGCGACGAGUUCUUCAACCGCAAGCCGCCCUCCGCCACCUACGGGAGCAGCCCACGCUUCGCCAGGGCCGCGGCUACCCUGGGCUCGCCGCCCCAGGCCCAGGGAGCCUCGGGCUAUGCUCGGACUGUGUCUCCGUACCCGGCCGAGCCCUAUCGCUACCCGACCUCGGCUUCCCCCGAUUCUCAGCCGGCUCUCAUGCCUCCCAACCUGUGGAACCUGCGCGCCAAGGCUAGCGGGAACCGGCUCGCCGGGGAGGACAUUCGAGGCCAGUGGCGGCCCCUGAGCGUGGAAGAUGUCGGCGCCUACCCAUACCAGGCCAAUGCAGCCCCAGGCCGCGCCGCCUCGCCCUUCCCAGAACGUUACUACGGCGGUGGCGCCGUCGGCGGUGGCGCCGGUGGCGGCGGCGCUGGCGGCGCUGCUGGCGGUGGCAGCCCCGGUGACGCGGGCGGGGGCCGUGGCAGCCCCCUCUAUGCCACCUACAAGGCCGAUAGUUUCUCGGAGGGCGAUGACCUCUCUCAGGGUCAUCUGGCCGAGCCCUGCUUCCUCCGAGCGGGUGGUGAUCUGAGCCUCAGCCGCAACCGUUCAGCUGAUGCUCUCCCUAGCUACGCAGCCAGUAAUGGGAACGGGGAUAGGCUCCGGGUGCAGCUGUGUGGGGCGGGCAGUAGCCCUGAGCCAGAGCAGGGGUCCCGGGAUUCCCUGGAGGCUAGCUCCAUGGAGGCAUCUCCUGAGAUGCACCCUCCUACUCGCCUCAGCCCCCAGCAGGCCUACCCGAGGACUGGAGGUUCUGGGCUGAGCCGUAAGGACAGUCUCACUAAAGCUCAGCUCUAUGGCACCCUGCUCAACUAACUGCCAUCAGCAGGUGCAGUCAGGGGCUCCCUACCACCCUGCCCCAUAUUAGGGAGUAGCCAACCCCCUCGUCCAAACCCCUGACAAGGAAUUCCAGUUCCAGUUCCUCCUGACCCUCUUACUGCCACCCGAGUAGAACCUGAAGAAACUCCUCCCUCACCCCCCAACCCCCACCCCCACUGCCCGUCGUCUUGUCACCCAGCUUCUGCUGUAAACCCAGAAUAUUUCUGCUCUGCACCCUCCCCUGAAGUGAGCA